AUGGAGGAAAUGGAGGCCCGAAUGAAGGUGUAUGUCCUAGGGGUGAGGGAGGAGAUUGGGAGAAGGGUAAGAAAAUGGGAGAGAAACAAAUGGGCCAAUGGAGGGAGCUGCGUGGGGGAAAGGGGAAAUGAAGGUGAAGGAGAGGGGAUCAAGGUUGACGAUGACUGGAUUUGUGAUAAUAGAGGUUGGGUGUUGGGCGACACGGGUGAUAUAGGGUGA